CGGCUCGGGAGCUGCAGGCGGCAACAGCACACGUGAGAGGCUGCUGUCUGCGCUGGAAGAUCUGGAGGUCUUGUCGAGAGAACUUAUAGAAAUGCUGGCGAUUUCAAGAAACCAAAAGUUGUUACAGUCUGGAGAGGAAAACCAGGUCCUGGAGUUGUUAAUUCAUAGAGAUGGGGAAUUUCAAGAACUAAUGAAAUUGGCACUUAAUCAGGGAAAAAUCCAUCAUGAAAUGCAAGUUUUAGAAAAAGAAGUAGAAAAAAGAGACAGUGAUAUUCAGCAACUACAAAAACAGCUAAAGGAAGCAGAACAGAUACUGGCAACAGCUGUUUACCAAGCAAAAGAAAAACUCAAGUCAAUAGAAAAAGCAAGAAAAGGUGCCGUCUCCUCUGAAGAAAUAAUUAAGUACGCACAUAGGAUUAGUGCAAGUAAUGCUGUGUGUGCCCCACUGACCUGGGUCCCAGGGGACCCACGGAGACCAUACCCAACUGAUUUGGAGAUGAGAAGUGGAUUAUUGGGCCAGAUGAACAACCCUUCCACUAAUGGAGUGAACGGUCAUCUACCAGGGGACGCACUUGCAGCAGGCAGAUUGCCAGAUGUCCUUGCUCCGCAGUAUCCAUGGCAGUCAAAUGAUAUGGCAGUGAAUAUGUUACCACCAAAUCACAGUAGCGACUUUGUGUUGGAGCCUCCAGGACACAACAAAGAAAAUGAAGAUGAUGUAGAGGUUAUGUCAACAGACUCCUCAAGCAGUAGCAGUGACUCUGAUUAAAAAAGCGUAAGACAAAACAUACAGAAUUGAAUACUAUCAAAUUCUGUUCCUUAAAUAAUUGCAAACCUGUAAAAAUAGCCAGGUGGAAUUGUGCUGCCUAUUAAAAAUCACAGUGGACUUGCUUUUUAAAGCCAAAAAUCUUGGUUUCAGUUCUAAACCACUACGUGAAUAUUUAGAGAAGAUCAAAAUUUACUGUUGGAAAAAAAGAUUAUUCAGUUCAGUGCCGUCUUGUUCUAUUCCAGUUGUGUUGGACUUGUGCAUAGUAGUUCUGGAAAUAAGAUUUUAGGGAAAUGACCCACGUACAUAUCACUAAUAGGCCUCCUGGAAUUAUUAAGAAAAGCAUAAACAAAGGCAGCAGAUCACUGAAUGUGCAUCAUUAACUCAGAAUAACAGAAACCCUCAUUUGAAAGUAAAGGCUGUUAGCUUCUGUCACAGGAACAGGAGAAAUCGUCUCAGUUUGUACUAUUUGUAAUUAUUGUAUAUUUUGUAAACUCACUUUUGUUUGUACUUUC